CGAGCCAAGCCGAGGGAGGAAGGCGGGGGUCGUGGAAAAGGCUCCGUGCCGCUGCGCUCAGCCCGGCGCGGCUCGGGAACACGGCGAGAGACUGGCACGGACUAAAGUUAUCCCGGAAUAAGGCUGCACGCAUGUGCUGUCACCCCGGAUGUGAACAUGCCGGCCCGGCUCCCCACUAGCUCGCUCCGCCCGGCUGUAGCGGAUGGGCCGAGCCGUGCCGAGCCGAGCCGUGCCAAGCGCGGUGGCGGCGGCCGUACGUGGCCACCGAAGGGCCAGGACGGGCAGGAACCGUGAGAGAACGGGUGCGAGAGGCUCCUCCGGCCAACGGGCAGCCCCGAGGAGUCGGGCAGCGACCCCCGGCACCGCCCGGCACGGCCCCUCUCGGCCCGGGGCGCCGAGAGCCGGGGGGAAGGGCGAGCCCGCGGCCCCGGGAGGGAUGGAUUUUCGAGGGAAGAAGUACGAGCGCGGCAGCAACUGGUCGGACCCCGAGGUGGUGGAGCUGCUCCAGCUGUGGGCGGACGAGUCGGUGCAGCUGGAGCUGGAGAGCUGCCUGCGCAACCAGCACGUCUUCAACCGCAUCGCCGAGGUGCUCCGUGAGAAGGGCAUCCACCGCACCGGGGACCAGUGCCGCGAGAAGAUCAAGAAGAUGAAGCUGGAGUACCGGCGCAUCAAGGACAACAGCAAGGCCCCGCGGGGCGGCCGCACCUGGAAGUUCUACGACGUGAUGGACCGAGUGCUCAACAACCGACCAGCGCUGGCCUACGGGCCCAUGGGCGGCGGUGUGAUGGCCAGCCAGGUGCUGCCAGGCGGCAUGGUGGAUGGCUACCACCACCAGUUCGCUGCCCCUGCCCUGCCCUUUGGGCACUCCCAGCACCCCGAACUGAUGGAGAUCAAAUGCGAGGAGGUGAAUUCUGAUGAGCACUGCCUGAGCCCAGAGCCCCCGGCAGCCAUUUCUUACCAGCAGGGUUGCCCUGAAGAGCACGAGAUGGAGAGAGCCUUCCUGGAAAGGGCCCAGAAUGACUCUCCCAUCUCCAGGGUGGAGAUCCCCAUUGAAACCAGUGUUUCACCUUCAGGUUUCAGUGAGCCCAGCAUGGCCAACUCAUCCCGGAUGCAGAACACAGUUCCUCGGCCCGGCUUCUCCGCCUUGCGCCGCCUGCGGAAGAAGCGGAAAGGCCAGCGCGUGAAGGACCCACUCGACGACCUCCUGCUGAAGACUCUGACGUCACAGCGGGCCAUGGAGGAGCGUUUCUUGCAGAUGGAGGAGCGGCGGUUCCAGCGGGACCUGGAUGUGGAAGAGCGGCGGAUGCAGCUGGAGCAGCGGCGCUUUGAGCUGGAGCGGGAGCACGAGUUCCGCAUGUUCAACGUUUUCGCCCAGAUGCUCAGCAUCCUGAAGCGGAGCCACGGCGGCGCAUCCCCUUCCCCUGCCGUGCCUCGAGGCCUGGACUUCAGCCAAAUGCUGUCGGAACUGACGGGCCGGGUGGGAGGAGGCGACCAGCGGGGGCCGAGGGCUGGAGGGCUGGCCGUGAGCCGGGGUGACAUGAGUGGCUUUUGCCCUCCGGAGGGGUUCCGGCGCAGCCCGUAUCUCUCCGCUCGCGGUAACGUCGCCAACAUCUUCCGGGGCUCUGACGACGAGGGGUACAAAGCGUACCACGCUGACAAGUAUGAUGAAGACACGAACCCCAACGGUAUAAUUAAUUUUGGCACCAGUGAGAAUAAGCUCUGCUUUGACCUGAUGUCCAAACGGCUGACACAGACCGAUAUGAACCUCAUGGAACCGCUGCUGCUUCAGUAUCCUGACUGGAAGGGACACAUGUUUUUACGGGAGGAAGUGGCUCGAUUUUUGACCUAUUACUGCAAGGCCCCUGCACCUCUUAAGGCAGAAAAUGUGAUUGUUCUGAACGGUUGUGGCUCUUUGUUUUCUGCAUUAGCUACAGUCCUGUGUGAUCCAGGGGAAGCUGUUCUGAUUGCUACUCCUUUUUAUGGUGGCAUCACCCAGAGCGUCUUCCUGUAUGGCAACGUCAAGCUGGUGUAUGCCUAUUUAGACAGCAAGAUUACUGGAACAAGCACUCGGCCUUUCCAGCUUACUGUGGAAAAACUGGAAAAGGCCUUGCAGGAUGCCCAGGCAGAGGGUGUAACUGUAAGGGCCUUAAUUCUUCUGAAUCCCCAGAAUCCCCUUGGGGACGUCUACUCCUUGUCAGAGCUAUGGGAUUACCUGGAAUUUGCUAAAAGACACGAAUUGCAUGUGAUAGUAGAUGAGAUCUACAUGCUGUCAGUUUUUGAUGAAUCAGCCACGUUUCACAGUGUCCUGGGCAUGGACAGAUUGCCUGAUCCACAGAGGACUCACGUGAUGUGGGGAAUAAGUAAGGAUUUUGCUGUCUCUGGGAUUCGUUUUGGUACUUUGUAUACAGAGAACCAAGAUGUUGCUAAUGCAGUGGCUUCCUUGUGUUAUUUCCAUGGGGUCUGUGGACCAGUCCAGCACAAAGUUGCACAGCUACUUAGGGACAGAGAAUGGAUCAACCAGGUAUACCUGAGAGCCAACCAUGCCCGCCUGAAAGCUGCCCAUACGUAUGUGACAGAUGAGCUGAAGACACUUGGGGUUCCUUUCCUCAACCGUAAUGCAGGCUUCUUUGUCUGGAUUGAUUUCCGAAAGUACCUUAGGACAGGAACAUUUGAGGAGGAGAUGCUGCUCUGGAGGCGUUUUCUUGAUAACAAGGUCCUCCUGUCGUGUGGCAAAGCCUUUGAGUGCAGUGAACCUGGAUGGUUCCGCAUCAUCUUUGCUGACAAGACCCACCGGCUACAGCUGGGUAUGCAGCGGAUCCGCAAGGUUUUGGAAGAACGAGAGCAGGAGAUAUUGUCUGAGGAAAAGGAGCAGCCUUGUCAGUCAGAUCAGGAUGGCAAAGCCCAUAGCACAGAUGAAGUCAUUUCCGUAUCCCGCCACCAGGAAUCUUCCUGUGCUGGUAGUUCCAAUCUCAGUGACCUUAUUGGCCUCCUGCAGCAGCAGAUGCGUUCAUCUGAUUGGCUACAGAAAAACACAGCAGAACAGCUUGCAUAGAAAAAGCCAGAGAUGUACAGCAUGUUCAACAAACUCAUGGGAAAGCAGUAGGGGCCAGUGUACCUUUAGGCAUGUUCUUGAGCACUAAUGGCCCUGGGCCCCUAACAGCAGCUCAGCAUUGACUUCCAGCAAAUAAUAUAUUUUCUGUAUAGCAAGAAAAUCACUUUGUAAAACCCCUCCUCUACCCCACUUGAUGUCUCUGAUUUGUAUUAUAUAGGUGAUUUCCUUGGAUUGGGGUGAGGGUAGGGAAUGAUGGGGGUUUUGUUCACCUGCUGCCCCUCAUCCUGCUGCAUCAUUGUAUUUUGUAUUUCAUUUCUAAUGAAUGUGCUCUUAACUCUCUUAUAAGGUCCUGUGGUGUUGUGGUGUCGUUUUUUUUACACUUCUCUUUUCACUCUUUCUGGGAAAGUGGAGGUUUGAGAUUGAGAUUAAAAUGUGUAAGGUUUCCAUUUUCCUUACUGACAUUCAGAAAUAAUUAUUUCAGUGCCAGAGUAUGGUUGCUUUCACAAAGAGAUGUUUUUGGGAGAUAAAAUGUCAGUUCUAAGGCAGCCUCAGCUAUGGGUAAAUAAGCUUGCGUACCUGGCCAUCUCCGUGGAAGAGGCUCUUAGAACACGAUCAUUUAGUUUGAAUUCUGUAAAGCUUUUUCAUUUUGAGUUGGUUUCCGUUCUAUUCUCAGGUCAGACAGUCUCUAACCCCCUUGGCUGGUAAAAGGCCUGUUUUUGUUUUUGUCCUUCACUUUGUAUAAAUAAAAAGAGCCCAUUGGCUUCUUAGCCCACUAUGUCCACAAAAGAACUAAGAGUGGAGAGAUGAUGGAAAGACAAUAUUCUCUCUGCAGCCUCUCAACUCCUGAGAUCAUCCCUUCUGGUUACCAGUGAGAUUAUUCACAGGACACUAUUGAGAAUGUUCCUUAUACCUCUGUGUUAGAUGUGCCUACUUGAUGCCCACAGGCUUUCAAGGUGGCAUCUCCCACUGUUACCUGAACUACUAAGUCUAUCAUUUGGCAAAGUAGCCUUCUUGACUAAACUGUAUUCUCUGGUCUCCUGUCCUUCCUCUGUUUUCCAUUCUGAAGGACACUGUAUGAUGAUGACAAAGAACUUUUGUUGGAAAGCUUCUUGCUCAGAUGCAGAAAUGUUUAGUUUCUUGAAUAUUACUUUUAUUGAUAUCUUAAAGGAAGUUUUUUUUCUGCAUACUUAUUAAUUGAGAGUUAAAGGAAAUGGUCCAUAAAAGGUGAAUGGAAGCCCAUGACUCCUCCUGUGACUUGGCAGUACCAAGUUAUAUCUUGGUAGCAUUAUGGAGCCUGAAUAUAAUGAGUUAGAGAGGUGAAAGACAAAAUUCAGAGUAAAAAUAAUUCAAGUUAUUCUUUGGUCCAGUCUUCAAGGAAAAGAGCUUUCCUUUUACAAUUAUUUUGUGAGAUAAUGUGUCAGUGAUCAACUAUUCUAUGGUUCUGUUGAUUUUGUUCUUGGGCUUUGUAGGUUUGGGCAGAAAGACAAAGUGACAAAAGCAUGUGUCUGUAUCGUAAUUUGAGUUACCACAGCAUAGGUAGCAAAUAAGUGCUGCAGCUGCACUUUGGUGAUGUGUCUAUGGGGAAAGUGAGGGGCUGAGGAGCAAGCAGUGCUGUGGGUAGAGGGACUGCUCCAUCUCCAACAACAGUGAGGGGAGGCAAGGGUAGUGGAGAGAUGGAAUCAUCCUAUUUGCUUAGUAGUUUGUUACAUUUCCAUGUAAAAUGGUUCUAAGCACACUCUGAGGUUAUUAUCAUUUAUUUUGCAUUUGCACUUGACUGUCCACAGAGAAAGAUACAGCACAUAGCAGCUGUCCUUACACGAGUGGGAGGUGAGACGUGCAGCCAAAAUGCAAAUGGACUUACUGACUUGCCCCCUUAUUUAUCCUGUGGAGGAUCUGAGCAACAAAAACGUACAGAGAAAGCUCCUUGAAAUGACAAAGGCAGACUGUACGGCCAUUUGCUGAAACUGCAUUUUAGAAGACUCUUAGGACAAAUUCAAACUAUUAAUUGCCCCCUCCUUUCUUUUCAUGAGACUUUCCACUCAUCCCAAUGGUUGGAGUGUAUUGCUAUCCAGCAUUCACUUAGAUGUAGAGUUUUACUGUUCAGAAAGUGGAUUUUUUGUACUGUCCGUGUGGAAAAGACUAGUAACACACACCUCUCUGCAGUGCAGAGGCUGCAAUACAUUUUCAAGAUUCUCACAGCUAUCAUACUGCAAUGCAAAGCCACUUCUAUCUGAGCUUAUGGCAACUAAAAUUAGCAGGGGAGAUGAAUAUUUUGUUGCUUGGACUGUUUUUCAUGGGUUUUUUUUCAGCUUUAACUCCCUGAGGAACUCCCUGCUGGGUAAAGUUAGCUUGAUAAUGGAAACUCGGAAUAUAACUGGAAAUGAGGGUAGAGAAAUGUGGCAUUAGGAGCCUACUGCUGGAGUAGGUUUCAGUCAUCCCAAUGGCAGGCUGCUGCUUGCUACCUGAACGCCCUGCCAGGAUGGCUGCUGCUCCAGGGAGCUGCAGCAGGGCUCCUCUGUGCAAGAGCUCCUUGGUCACUGUUUCCUUCCCCCUGCUGCCUCCCCGCAAGAUACG